GUAUGUCAUCUUGCGCUCUAUAAAGUUAUGGAAUUGCCGUUUGACAUGUAUUUUCUCACAGGCAGACGUUUGCAGUAUUUCUUGAAAUGCUGGCUUUUCAACUUUAUUAAAGAGGAGCAUUUCUUUUGCGAUGACUUUCUGGGAACACACCCCAUUUUUGCUGUUCCGUUUGUAUUUACUUUGCAGAUCAAACAUCUCUUGAGUGUUGACUGUCGUUUGUAGUGGCAUUUGGUUUGGCAAGCACCACUUUUCCUUCUAAUUUCUACUGUGUUGCCUUGCAUUUUCCUUCACGAGGGUCCAGUCUUGCUGUGUGUAUGCUAACGGCUUCACCUCUCCUCCCACAUAGACGAAGCGACCAUUUGACUGACAAGAGGUCUCUCUCUGUUCCAACACCGUUGUUCCUGUCUAGUUGCUGAACCAAUGCACAAAGUGAAGCCUCUUCCUUCCUGUUGGAGGGCGAAACGAGGGAAACAGACACGCAUGCACAUGGCAAUUUAUGGAGGCCGGCAACAUUUUUGAGUUCAUUUUAAUUUGUGAUUAAUUAAUUUAUUAUUGCAUCACAAUAUGGAAUGUAGGCCAUAUUCCCCAUGUCUAGUAAGUCUCUCAUGUCGUCUCACAUGAUGAUGAUUGGAUAAAUGCCAUUAACGGGGUGAUGGUUAUAACUUGUUACAUCCAUUUACUUGUGAAGGCCCACAACUACUGAGUUUUGACCACCACAGAAACAAUUUGGUGCUACCUAAUAAGAAUUUAUGUUUGCACGUUUAUGCGGAGAACAUUUACCUUGAAAGUGUCACUUUCAUUAAUAUGACAUGCACAUUACUGCGACCCUAAUGAGGAGAAGCGGCAUAGAAGAUGGAUGGAUGGAUAGAUGGAUGGAUGGAUGGAUGGGCAUGCACAUUAGAUGAUAACUUCAUCUACCUCGUCCACCACAGUUAGACUGCAGCCCUGGGGGAAACACGAAUGCACCCCAAGAUGCAUUUUGGAUGCAGCUGCUUCAGAUGCUCAAUGGGGCAUCCUGUUCUCCCACCCGAAGGACUUCACACCCGUCUGCACAACUGAGCUGGCCUUCGCCGCCAGCAUCAGCGACAAGUUCACCAUGCGCAAAGUGAAAAUGAUCGCCUUAUCUGUGGACAGUGUGGAGGAUCACAACGUCUGGAUCAAGGACGUGAUGGCAUUGAACAACUCCUCUGCUGCUCUGCCCUUCCCCAUCAUUGCAGACAGCGGCAGGAAGUUGGCCACCUUGCUGGGCAUGAUGGAUCCCGACGAGACGGACCGGGAAGGCAAUCCGGUCACUGCUCGCUGUGUGUUUGUGAUCGGGCCUGAUAAGAAACUGAAGCUGUCCUGCCUCUAUCCUGCCACCACUGGGAGGAACUUCGACGAGCUGCUGCGAGUUAUUGACUCCCUGCAGCUGACUGCGCAGAAGAAGGUGGCCACUCCUGUCCACUGGAGGCCUGGGGACAAAGUCAUGGUCCUUCCAAACAUUGCGGACGAUGAAGUGACUAAGCUCUUCCCUAAUGGCGUGAGCACUAAAGAGGUGCCUUCCAGGAAGAAAUACCUGCGCUACACUCAACUCUGAAGACCAAAAAAAAAUACAUUCACGCACUACAAGGUCCAUCAAUGAAGCAGAUUUAGUCAUGGAAAUAGUGUCUUCCCAAAAUAAAAAUAAAAAAGCGCUGAA